AGCUAAGAUGAAGGACCUGCCACUCCAAAUUCAUGUGCUACUUGGCCUAGCUAUCACUACACUAGUACAAGCUGUAGAUAAAAAAGCAGAUUGCCCACAAUUAUGUACGUGUGAAAUCCGGCCCUGGUUUACACCUAGAUCCAUUUAUAUGGAAGCAUCUACAGUGGAUUGUAAUGAUUUAGGUCUUUCAAAUUUCCCAGCCAGAUUGCCUGCUGACACACAGAUUCUGCUCCUACAGACUAACAAUAUUGCAAAAAUUGAAUACUCCAUAGACUUGCCAGUAAAUCUUACUGGCCUGGACUUAUCUCAAAACAAUUUAUCUUCAGUUACCAAUAUUAAUGUAAAAAAGAUGCCUCAGCUUCUUUCUGUGUACCUAGAGGAAAACAAACUUACUGAGCUGCCUGAAAAAUGUCUGUCUGGACUUAGUAACUUACAAGAACUCUAUAUUAAUCACAACUUGCUUUCUACAAUUUCACCCGGAGCCUUUAUUGGCCUACAUAAUCUUCUUCGACUUCAUCUCAAUUCAAAUAGAUUGCAGAUGAUCAACAGUAAGUGGUUUGAGGCUCUUCCCAAUCUGGAGAUUCUGAUGAUUGGGGAAAAUCCAAUCAUCAGAAUCAAAGACAUGAACUUUAAGCCUCUUAUCAAUCUUCGCAGCCUGGUUAUAGCUGGUAUAAACCUCACGGAAAUACCAGAUAAUGCCUUGGUUGGACUUGAAAACUUAGAAAGCAUCUCUUUUUAUGACAACAGGCUUAUUAAAGUGCCCCAUGUUGCUCUUCAAAAAGUGGUAAAUCUCAAAUUUUUGGAUCUAAAUAAAAAUCCCAUUAAUAGAAUACGGAGGGGUGAUUUUAGCAAUAUGCUACACUUGAAAGAAUUGGGGAUAAACAAUAUGCCUGAGCUGAUUUCCAUCGACAGUCUUGCCGUGGAUAACCUGCCAGAUUUAAGAAAAAUAGAAGCUACUAACAACCCAAGGUUGUCUUACAUUCACCCAAAUGCAUUUUUCAGACUACCCAAGCUGGAAUCACUCAUGCUUAACAGCAAUGCCCUUAGUGCCCUGUACCGCAGUACCAUUGAGUCUCUGCCAAACCUCAAGGAAAUCAGCAUACACAGCAAUCCCAUCAGGUGUGAUUGUGUCAUCCGUUGGAUUAAUAUGAACAAAACCAACAUUCGAUUUAUGGAGCCAGAUUCACUGUUUUGCGUGGACCCACCUGAAUUCCAAGGCCAGAAUGUUCGGCAGGUGCAUUUCAGGGAAAUGAUGGAAAUUUGUCUCCCUCUUAUAGCUCCCGAGAGUUUUCCUUCUAAUCUGGAUUUAGAAACUGGGAGCUAUGUUUCUUUACACUGCAGAGCUACUGCAGAGCCACAGCCUGAAAUCUACUGGAUCAUACCUUCUGGUAAAAAACUCUUGCCUAAUACUCUGACAGACAAGUUCUAUGUCCAUUCUGAAGGCACACUAGAUAUAAGUGGCAUCACCCCAACAGAAGGGGGUUUAUAUACCUGUAUAGCAACUAACCUGGUUGGUGCUGACUUGAAGUCUAUUAUGAUCAAAGUGGAUGGCUCUUUUCCCCAGGAUAACAAUGGAUCCUUGAAUAUUAAAAUAAAAGAUGUUCAGGCCAACUCAGUUCUGGUGUCUUGGAAAGCAAGUUCUAAAAUUCUCAAAUCCAGUGUUAAGUGGACAGCCUUUGUCAAGACUCAAAAUUCCCAUGCUGCCCAAAGUGCUCGAAUACCAUCUGAUGUCAAGGUAUAUAAUCUUACUCAUCUGAACCCAUCAACUGAGUAUAAGAUUUGUAUUGAUAUCCCCACCAUCUAUCAAAAAAGCAGAAAACAAUGUGUAAAUGUCACCACAAAAGGUUUGCACCCUGAUCGAAAAGAGUAUGAUAAGAGUAACACCACAGCAUUUAUGGCCUACCUUGGAGGUUUUCUGGGGAUUAUUGGUAUGAUAUGUCUUUUCAGCUGCCUCUCUCAAGAAAUGAACAGUGAUGGUGGACAUAACUAUGUGAGAAAUUACUUACAGAAACCAACCUUUGCAUUCAGUGAGCUUUAUCCUCCUCUGAUCAACCUCUGGGAAGCAGGCAAAGAAAAAGGUACAGCAUUGGAAGUAAAAGCAACUGUUAUAGGUGUGCCAACAAACAUGUCCUAAAAACAACUAACUAAAUCUACUUCAAAGAAAACUCAAAACUGUGGUUGUACUUUAAAAAAAAAAAAAGGCAGAGAAAUAUUACU